CCUUUGUUACUUAAAUCUACCCAUCUGAGAAGAGGUGAAACAGAGAGCCACCAUUGUAGCUUUAGAACUCUUCUCUCAUAGUCAUGGGAGAAACCAAAAAUCCCAGAAUGAAAACCCACAAAAAUCAGAACCAAAAACCACAGAAAACAACAGAAAAGCCACCUUCUUGGGCAGCAGUGAGGAACAUCUUUACCUGUAAACAUUACCAGACAGGUGAACAGAAGCAGUCCAUACAGGAGAACAGUAAGAGAUGCAAGAAAAUUGGGUGUUCUGGAUCUCUUUGUAGCAACACAAGAGUAACGCACAGGCCUGAAAUAAUAGCUUCUCCUGAAGAUGAUAAGAAAUGGGCUUCAAUCAGUACUUCAGUUGGUUCUUGUAAUACUUCUGCUUCGAGUAGAUCCAUGAAAGCUCCUUUGAAUGAACUCAAUGGGGUUGUUUCUGCUUCUUCAUCAUCAUUGUCUUCAAGGUUCUCUUCUGGAACUGGUUCUUCUGUUAGUGGGUCUUUCAGGGGAAUGCAUUUGAGUAGACUUUCAGGUUGUUAUGAGUGUAGAAUGGUUAUUGAUCCAGUUCUUGGCCUCCCAAGAGAUCCAUCUCUGAGAGCUACUAUCUGUCCCUGUCCUGAAUGUGGAGAGAUUUUCACAAAUGCUGAGAAUUUGGAGCUUCAUCAGAUUGUUAGACAUGCAGUAUCUGAACUGGGUCCUGAAGACAGUAGCAGAAAUAUUGUAGAGAUCAUAUUCCAAUCAAGUUGGUUGAAGAAACAAGCUUCAGUCUGCAAAAUAGACAGGAUUCUCAAAGUAAACAACAGUCAGAAAACCAUCACCAGAUUUGAAGAUUACAGAGAAUCUAUUAAAGCAAAAGCAAGCAAGCUUGGAAAGAAAAACCCAAGAUGUGUAGCAGAUGGGAAUGAGCUCUUGAGAUUCCACUGCACAACCUUUGAAUGUUCAAUUGGAAUGAGUGGCUCUUCCAAUCUCUGCAAUUCAAUACCCCAAUGUAAUGUUUGCAACAUUAUAAGAAAUGGAUUUAAGAUCCCAGGAGUCAAUGGAGGAAGUGGGAAUAAUGGGAUCUUCACAACUGCUACAAGUGGAAAAGCUCAUGACAAAGCUGAAAUUAAAUCAGAAGAUGAGAAAAGGGCAAUGUUGGUUUGUAGAGUAAUUGCAGGAAGAGUGAAGAAGAACCAAGAUGGAAAUGCAGAAGAGUUUGAUUCAAUAGCUGGACCUACUGAAAUCUACUCAAAUUUGGAUGAACUGUUUGUGUUUAAUCCCAAGGCUAUAUUGCCUUGUUUUGUUGUGAUUUACAGAGGUUUCUAGUUGAUUUGGGUUCUGUAAUCUCUUGGUUUUCACUUGUUUGUUUUUUCUUCUUGUUUUCUUUCUGAAUGGAACUGUGCACAGGUAAAGAGAGUUCUUGUUUUGUGUUAAUUGUUGUUUUUGUUGCUAAUAAUUUGACUCUUAGUUUGUACUCA